AUGCCCAACGAUGAUGCCGCACCGUCGGAGGCCCCACACACCCCGGGGGCACCACCGCAGGGCAAGCCCGGGGGCUUCGGCAAAGCGGCCGGGGCGCCGCCCGGGACCGCUGGCGGCGGCGGCGGCGGCGACGGUGGCGGCUCCGGAGGGUCGGGCGUGGGCGCCGUCUCGGGCAAGAAGUCUCCACGGCUGCCCAAGUGCGCGCGGUGCCGCAACCACGGCUACGCGUCGCCGCUCAAGGGCCACAAGCGUUUCUGCAUGUGGCGGGACUGCCAGUGUAAGAAAUGCAACCUGAUCGCAGAGAGACAACGCGUGAUGGCCGCGCAGGUGGCCCUGAGACGGCAACAGGCCCAGGAAGAGGAAUUGGGGAUCAGUCACCCCAUCCCGCUGCCCAGCUCAGCUGAGCUGAUCGUCAAGAGAGAGAACAGCGGCAGCAACCCGUGCCUGAUGCCUGAGAGCAGCAGCUCCUCGCAGCCGCCACCGGCCAGCACCCCGACCACGGCAGCUUCAGAGGGACGGAUGGUCAUCCAGGAUAUUCCUGCUGUCACCAGCAGAGGGCACGUGGAGAACACCCCUGAGCUCGUGUCUGACCCCACCUACUACAGCAGCUUCUACCAGCCGUCUCUGUUUCCGUACUACAACAAUCUCUACAACUACCCGCAGUACUCCAUGGCCUUGGCUGCUGACUCCUCUGCUGGGGACGUGGGAAAUCCCCUUGGGGGCUCCCCUGUGAAGAACAGCCUCCGGAGCCUCCCAGCGCCUUAUAUGCCUGGCCAGGCCGGAAACCAGUGGCAGAUGAAAAACCCGGAGAACCGCCACGCAAUGAGUUCCCAGUACAGGAUGCAUUCUUACUACCCGCCUCCUUCCUACCUGGGCCAGAGCAUGUCCCAGAUCUUCACUUUUGAGGACAGCCCGUCUUACUCUGAAGCCAAAGCGAGCGUAUUCUCGACACCCAGCAGUCAAGAUUCCGGCUUGAUUUCCCUCUCCAGCAGCUCUCCCAUUAGUAGUGAGAGCACAAAGGGAGUGCUCGAAUGCGAGUCUGCCUCGGAGCCCAGCAACUUCGCGGUCACUCCCAUUAUCGAGGAAGAUGAGUAA